AUGGCGGUGACGUGGUUGAUUUCAGUCUGGAUGGCGUGGGGAACAUUGGGGAGUAAUGUCCAUUUGUACAAAAACGAUAACCAGGAUGGGAGAUGCAUUUAUUCCUUCACGGUACCCAGUAAAAAUGAAGACAGCUGUGCUGGCUUAAGCGAAGUAUUAAUCACCAUUCAAGAUCUCCAACGGGAGAGCAAAGCUCAGCAUCUGGAACUUGUGUCAACCAGAACGCGGCUUGGUCUUCUGGAGAACCAGGUGAAUCAGCUACAUGGAAGUCAAAUGAGGAGGACUUCUUUAUCUACAGUUGGCCUGCUUCAAAGGGAGGUGGAGAGUCUGAAGAGGGAACAAGCCCAGAGGGACAUCCACAUCAGCAGCCUGGAAUCUACCAUAAACGAUCUCCUUCAAGACAAGUCUGCUUUGGAAGAAGGGAAGAAAGAGCUGGAAGAGGAGAAGAAUAAGCUGGAGAGAAGGUUAGAGAAAAGCAUCGAGGAGGUGGCUCAGCUGAGAGGAAGCGAUUGCUCUCAAACCAGAGAAGCCAGCAGUGAUCUCCAUCCAGGCUCUCAGGAAGUCAAAGGAUCUGGCUUUGAUCCACCUGCAUUUAUGGAAAAAGCUCAGAGUGAGAGUAACAGCAAAUCAGAAUGUGGUAAACUCAG